CUGCUUUAAGUGGCUUUAAGCGAUCAUCUGUUCACGUUCCGAGAUUGACAAGAAGUCUUGUUGCUUCAACGUUUAUUAGCGGGCAAAUUUCUCAUUCGUUUAAAUCGUAUAUUGCGCAGUACAUAUCGUCGAGGAACAUAGAUUGGUUAUUAAUCGUGAGUCAUCGGUCGGUUGAACUUGAGUCAGGGAGAGAUUUUAUUAUAAAGGAAAGAGCGCGAGGCAGAGCCCGAGUCGCUUGAUUAUGUGCGCGAAAAUGGCCUUUCAACAUCAGCCGGGUACCGCGAUGGAGUGCCUAAGCAUACCAAUUACAUUACAUAAAGAGACAGAAAUUAAUGAAAAUGGCGAAGAAGUAAUGAAAUGUGGAUUUAAAAUCGGUGGGGGUAUUGACCAGGAUUUUACAAAAAGUCCACAGGGUUAUACAGAUAAUGGAAUAUAUGUAACAGAAGUACACGACGGAUCACCGGCGGCAAAAAGUGGUCUCAGAAUGCAUGACAAGAUAUUACAAUGUAAUGGGUAUGAUUUUACAAUGGUAACUCAUAAGAAAGCGGUUUCUUAUAUAAGAAAACAUCCAGUAUUAAAUCUUUUAGUAGCUCGUAAAGGUGUUACCAGUACUUAA